AAGUGUAAACAACAAGUAAUUAACAGUUAAGUGCCAAAUAGGAAAAUAUAAAAUCAAAUUAUAAAAUCAGCGGAAGUCGAUAGCAUAAAAAUUAUAACAAUAUGAGAAGUUUAUUAUCAUACUUAUUGUGCAUAAGCGCCGUUACGCUUUCGACGACAGCACCUCAAUAUGUGGGUCCUUACGCUACACUAUCACCACAGUUUUCACAACUGAGCUCCACGCCAUAUAUAGGGUAUGGACAAAAUAUUCGUAUUCAGCCAUGGGUCAUUGGGCAAUAUGCUUACCCAAAUUAUCUGUACUACUCAAAUUACUGGAAUAAUAAUAAUAAUCCUUCCAGCUAUCCGUAUAAUAUGAACGUUCCUGCCUAUAAUGGCUAUAAUCUACCGAAUCCGCCUAAUCCACCUAAUCCGUAUAACCCUUACAAUAUGAAUACGGGUACGAAUACUUAUUGGAAUGGAUACGCAUGGGUGAACAAUUCAUCGUCGAUGGGUAGAUAAAAAAACACAAGUGACCGAAAGUUUAGUCA